AUGACACCACGUGAAAUUCACGAACUAGGACUCAAGGAAGUGGAACGAAUCAAAUGUGAAAUUCGUGAGUUGCUCCAAUCAGAGUAUCCAGAGAUCAACAAUGAUAAGACAUUCGGUGGUACUCUGAGAAAGAUAUGCAGUGAACCGAGAUUCCAGUUUCCAACCGAUGAAGAAGGUAGAAACAUCAUCCUCAGAGAAUACACUAAAACACUGAGAGAUGUAGAGAAGAAGUUGUCGAAUUCAUUCGAGAAAAUACCAGAGGCACAGCUUGUGGUUGAGCGUGUUCAACACUAUCGUGAGGAGAAUGCACCGAUGGCACACUAUCAUCCUGCACCACUUGACCGUAGUCGUAAAGGAACCUGUUUCAUCAAUCUCAGAGACACCUCAACACACAACAAAAUCAACUACAAAGCAUUGGCCUAUCAUGAAGGAACACCAGGUCAUCAUUUCCAAAUUUCAGUUGCUCAAGUAAGACAAGAUAAGAUAAAAUUAAAUUAUUGUUUAGAAUUAAAAGGUGUAGAUAUUUUCCGUAGAUUGUUGGUAUUCAAUGCAUAUGCAGAGGGAUGGGCAUUGUAUGUCGAGAGAUUGGCAGAUGAACUUGGAUGGUAUGAAAAUAAAUAUGAGAAACUUGGAUUUUUGUGCUAUGAACUGUGGCGUGCUUGUAGACUGGUCCUCGACACUGGAAUUCAUGGAUCUGAAUACAGAUGGACCAGAGAGGAAGCGAUUGAAUAUCUAUUGGCGAAUUCCGAUAAGAACGAACCAGAUGUCAUUGCCGAAGUAGAACGUUAUGUUGUUAUUCCAGGUCAGGCUUGUUCGUACAAGAUCGGUCAGCUCAAGAUCAUCGAACUCAGAGAGAAAGCACAAAAGCAACUCGGUUCAAAGUAUAGUCUCAAAGAAUUCCACUCGGCCGUCUUAAACUCUGGUGCAUUGCCACUUACCAUUUUCGAAAAUGUGAUCGAUGAAUGGAUCGAAAAGAGAAAGCAACAACCAUAA